AUGGCUGCAGUAUCUCAAAAGAUCUUCAAUAAUUAAUUUGUGAUACAAAAGAAGAUCUCCUCAGGUUCAUUCGGCGUCGUGUAUCAGGGAUAUGACUUAAGAUCGUCAGAGCAUGUGGCUAUCAAAGUAGAAAAGCAAGAAAUAGAUGAUUUAUUUAGUUUAGAUAGAGAAAUUCAAAUAUUGAGAAAUCUACAUGGAUUGCCGUAAGUUCCGAAACUGAAAUGGGCUGGCAAAGAUCAAGGGAACAAUGUGAUGGUAAUUCAAUUAUUGGGAAGAGAUUUAACUCACUAUUUAAGAUAAAGGAAACGUUUUAGUUUGGCAUGCGUUUUGGGUGUAGCUGAUUAGAUGUUGACCAUUCUCGAAGCCAUUCAUAGCAAGGGUAUCAUUCAUCGAGACAUAAAGCCUGAAAAUAUAUUGGCAGGUAAAGAUAGAGAUCAGAAUACUAUUUAUCUUGUGGAUUACGGAAUCGCUAAGCAAUUUAAAGAUAAAGAUGACAAACAUAUUCCUUACAUAGAAAACAAACCUUUUUUGGGAACUUCCAGAUACGCGAGUAUAGCAGCUCACAAAGGCUAGGAAUUAUCAAGGAAGGAUGAUCUGGAAUCCUUAGGAUAUAUGUUAAUAUUUUUAUUGAAGGGAAGUUUACCUUGGUAGAACAUAGGUUAUAAAAAUGAGGAUGAGAAAGUAAAGUUGGUAGGAUUGAUGAAAAUGAGAGUUACAGCAUAAGAAUUAUGUUAAGAUUUGCCAAUUGAAUUUAUGCGAUUCAUAGAUUUAGUUAGAAAGAUGAGUUAUCGCGAAAAACCAGAUUAUAGAUAUUUUUAAUAGUUGUUUUAAAGAGUCUCUAUAUAAUAACAGGUAGAAUAUCGAUUUGAUUGGUAUGAUGAAAGCAAUUUCGAGAAAAAGUCAGGAUCAACAUCUCCUAAGAAAUAACAGUCUAUUAAAAUUUUAGAUUAAUCAUAUUUGAUUCAAUAAAUCUAUUCGCCAAAUAAAAAAAAGGCCAGUGAAGAAUUCGAUGACACUGGACCAUCUAAAAGAGAAUCAAAUGGAAGACCAUCCAUAAUUAAUAAUAAUUCUAAUAAUCUACUUAUGUGUGAUAGCAGAAUGAAUCUGAAAAAUAAAAGUGUUAGUUCAUUCAAUGAAUCCAAUUUAUAAUAUAGUGACAUAUAACCUGAUUUGAGUUGUCUCAUCGCUUAUUAAAGGAAUCUAAGAUAUGGAUCAUUUCAUAAUGAAGCUGACCCUCAAAAACAACCUGAUCGAAGUGCUUCAACUUAAGAUAAACUAAAAGUUAAACACAAGUUAAGUUUGGAUGUCAAACCGAAUUGCUAUAAAUCUCUUGUUGAAUUCUAAUUAGGAUUAAUCAACAAUCCUUCGAUUAUGGAUUUUACAGUAAAUAGUCAGAAUUAAUUGAAUGAAGAUGAAAGUCCAUGUCUUGAUGAUAAAUUUAACAUACUAAAAGUCAGCUCAGUUGACAAUAAAUUCAAAAACCCAAUCCAACUCUUUAGAUUAAAUUUCAAAGAAAGGUCAAGUAUUAAGAAUAAUUGA